CGGGUGAGUGAGCGAGCGGGGGAGCCCUGAGAGGGGGGGCAACACCUACAAUAGUGAAAGCUCGCCUGAGUCUCAUCACACCCGCCACCAUCGCACCAGCCAGCGGGGGACCCUGUUUCCACGGGUCUUUCUCUCCUGAAGUCCUCUGCAGCCUUCCCCUGACUGACUGCCCAAGCAACAGCUAACUUGAAAUGGCUGGGUCAGGUAGAGGAAGAGGACGGGCUGCGUUUACCUUCAACAUUGAGGCUAUUGGCUUUGCUAAAGGUGCAGCUCUGCCUGAUGUCAUGUGUCAGCCUCCACCACCAUUUCCUAGUACAGACAAUAAGCCAGUGCCUCUGAAAACAGGAGAAGACGAAGAUUACAUGUUGGCCUUAAAACAAGAUCUUAGAGGAACUAUGAAAAAAAUGCCAUAUUUUUUGGCAGUAGAAGAUGAUCGUGAAGCAAUUGAGAGGUACAGUCAAAAGUACCAGGACAUUGAAAAGGAGCAUGCAGCAUGGACCCCAGAUUGGAGAAGACUCCCAAGAGAGAUGAAGCCAAAGAAAAAGACCAAAAAAGCAGGUGCAAAACCAAAAAAGGCAAAAAGCUCUGAGCCUAAAAGUAAUCUGGAUGUGUUGAAAAAAAUUGAGGAGUUGGAAAAGAAGGAUGAUGAAGAAGAAAAAUCUGAAGAUGAGAAAGACAAAACAAAAGACAAAGAAGGUGAAGAUGAUGAAGAAGCUGAAGAACCAGAGGAAUAUGAUGAAGAGGAGCAUGAAGAGGAAAAUGACUACAUUUCGUCGUAUUUUGAUGAUGGAGAUGACUUUGGUGCUGGCAGUGAUGACAAUAUGGAUGAAGCAACAUAUUAGCUGCUGUUGCUAGGUGGUGCACUCCUCAAGCCUUACGCUACUUCAAGUAUAAUUUGGGAGGUAGGCUGAGUAUCUACAGAACUAAUGCUUGAGCUCUGUUCGUUUUAAGUAUACUCUCCAAAAACAUGUUGGACAAUUCUUUUGAAGUGUACUACACUGUAGAACAGGAUAUGGGAUCUUUUGUUUUGUUCUUUUGCCAAAUGUUUUGCAGACAGAUGCCUAUUUAAGGUUCUCUGGAAUGCCUAAUGAUGGAGUAAGCUCUAAGCCAUUGUAUUGCCUCUGCACAGAAGAAUAAUGUAUGCAUUUUAAACAAAAUUGUGCCUAAGCAUUUGCACUAGUUAAUUCUAUGCUUUAGCAGUCAAAUCUUGAAAAUAACAGUGAAAUUCUUGAUGACUGCAGCAAAAAAAGUUAUGGCCUUUGUGGACAUAAGCUGCUCAUAUUUAGCAGCUGAAUUCUCUGAAGAAAUUUAUGUAAUUUCUGAAUUCAGGUGACUGAAAAUAAUUGACCACUAAGCACUUUAAUAUAAACUGACUUGAAAGGACCUUAGUAAUAUGGACAGAUAACAUAAUGAGAAUAUUUUGGUAAGCUAUUACUCUAAUUAAAAGAACUUAUUAUUUCCCAUAUUUUGUGAAGAAGGGACUGUAAUAUUUAACAAUGUGUUGUUACAUUACCUUUAUGAAUCAGUGUAAGUAAUAAGGAUAAUUUAGAAAGAAUACAUGGCAGAAUUUAAGACUGAGAAAUUAUGGAAUCCUGGUUUUCACCAGUGGCACACCGAUUAGUGAAGAGAAUUUCAGUCCUUCACCUCAGUUUCUCUGCCUCUUUAGGCAAUACCAACUCUCCUACCUCACAGAGCUGUUAAGUGAGAUGGCAGGUGAUAGCUAUCCAUGUACUUGUUAAUGCAUUUAUUUACUUUUCUACAGAACAAACAAGACAGAAACUUAACAGACAGCAAAUCAAUACCAAAAAAAACCAAAAAUGUAGGAAAAGAAAGUGGUAAAGUAUUUCAAUGCAUGAAGUUUUAACUGGGAAAACAAGGCAAGAAUGCUGAGAAUAGCAAAACCAGAAUGUUUGGGAACACGGAUUUUAUUUAAGAACCAACAGCUAUAGUGUAGAAACCUUAUUCCUGAGAUUAGAAACUUGAGGAAAUGACAGCAUUCUCUGUUUCCCAUUGUCCUUUGACAAUACAAAAUAUUGAUCAGUGUUAUUUUUGAUCAGUGUUAUUAUAUUACUAUUGACCAAGGUUAGGUUUUUGUGUUUUUUUUUUAACUUUUUAAAAACAUUCUGUUCUUGAUAACUAGCGCUGCUAUCAGGUCUAAUGAACGAACAGUUUUAAAACAAAACCAAUUAUUUUAUCAGCAAAAGAAAGUACGGAAGUUUUGCUUGUAGUUUGGCAUUUUGUCAAGCAGUACUUGAUCUCACGGCUGACUGGGAAACAGUACUGCAUUAUUCUGUGAACUUCUGUAUGCAAUAGGAAUUUGUUCCUUAAGGUGUAGCUUUCAAGUGUUCUGAUAAAACUCAUGACAGAUGUAAAGGAAAUUAAAGUAAAAUGCUAUACAGGUCACACCUCAGAGGUAUACCAAUUUUAUUUUGAAGCGUUCAUAGCUAUAUAACGUUUAAUAAACAUUCUGGUGCAUUGCAUAGGAAAUGUAUUCUGUGUGAUCAUUUUCUUUUAACAUCACACUUGCCAGCAGUUGUUUCCUGAACAGGUGUGCCCGUUUCUUGCAUGUGAUACACAAGAGGAAGACAGAUGUUGUGAACAAGGUAAGCAUGGCGAAAAUUAAAUUUGCUUGCCUCGAAUGUAACUGGUACUACCUUCUACUAGCUGUUUCCCUCUGUGCAAGGUAACUGAGACUCCUUGCCUCUCACACAAGGAAUGCAAAUAGAUGGCUUUUGUCAAAGACAGAACUACAGAAUUAACACUGGAAGAGCAUUACUGCCCUAGUUAACCAUUUGGCCACAAGCUGUGGCUUGCCUGAACAGAUACAAUACCUUAUUUUGUAGCAGACUGAUGACUUUCUUCAUUCAUCAUGCUGCUGAUGGCAUAGACAACUGCCUCUCUGCUGUACUGUUGAGAAAUAGUACUCUGGCAGAAAUGAGGUCUUUUUCAGACCUUUGAACUAUGGUCACCUCGGUCCUUCAGAAGGAACUGCUGAGUCGUAGGAUGGACCCUCUAGAACUAGUUUAACAAUGGGAAAUAAGUCCAACACUUAUGAACAUGCAGAGUUCCGCAAUGAAGGCACUUCUGAAAUCAGACUCUGCUGUUCCAGAGGCUAACACUUGCAGCUGUUUUUAUAAGUUGAUUUUCUGAUUGCUUAGAAUUUAUUGCUACUUACGUUGCUACUUCACAGAAGGUGGCACUGCUUUUAGUGUUUAGGAAGAUCGCAAUUUUUCAUGCCUGUUUCUUAAGCCUCAUUUCACAAAACUAACAAGUUCUUGGAACUUUAUGCAGAAAAAUUCCAAGUUCUACAAGGCACGCACAGGAUAAACCAUUAAGGCUGCAGUUACGGUAUGCUAGAUAUGAAUGCUAUAUGCAGCUACUGCCAACAAAAUACUUGUUGG